AUGACGGUGCAUGAAAGCGUGAUUCAAGAGAAAUUUUGAUACCCUCGAGAUGUAGCGACGGCCACCGCAUAUUCGGCGGUUUCGGUCGGUUGGGUUUUCGCCUCCGAGUCCGCGAGAGAUCGCCGAAGCCCGAUUGACCUGUCACACAGAGGGCUCGGCUACUCCCCUUGGGGCAAGAGACGCAUAGGAUGUCAGAACCCAAUCAUACUGAUUCUCUUCUAAUUCUAUUUACUUCUCAUGCCACUAUUCCACUCCUACUUUGCACUCCUUCUUUAGCCUAUUACCCUCUACGCCGGAUCCCAGCGCCUGAUCGAGACUCGGUUGACACGUUGGCUUGGGUUGAAGUCGCGCGCCUCGCGGGCACUCGUCUCUCUUCCUUCUUCAUCCAUCUUCCAUCCUCGAUCUUGCGCUCGUACUCAACCCCUUGAGUCGGGAUCCAGUCCUCCAUACUUCUCACAUAGGAUUGCAUAA